CCGCCGUGAGCAUCCCUCUCUCCCUCUCCCCUCGCUGUCCAGAGUGCAACCUGCCCCGGCUUUUUUUUUUAAAAAGCAAAAUGGCGACAGUCUAAGACACACACAGAGAGAGAGAGAGAGAGUGCAGUUGCGAGAGAGCGGCGCAAAAUGACAAAAUGUCGCAGGACCCGAGGCGGUCGCCGUCCCCAGAACUGCACGUCUUUGCUCCACCUUCGUUUUUGCAUGGGUUGCCUGAUGACACCCGCUCCCAGCAAUGCUUGGGUGUGAUCUAAGAGCCAUGUGGUGGAAUCAGUGCUGCAACGCACACUGAAAGUAUUGCUACUAUGUCCGGUAUGAAGCCAAAUGUUCAAGAGGACAAAGACGUGGAAAGAGUGUCUGCCAGCCCGGGUCAUACUCUGGAGCCAUUACCGAGUCACACAUUCUGUCCGAGAAACAAUGCUGCAGGUCUGUCCUCCGAGGAACACGAAAAGCCUUUAAAUGGAACCCAGCCGAAUCCAUUUGUAUACAGCAGUGUCCCUGCUGUUCCCCAUGCAGGCAAUUCAUUGCCUUCAGGAGCACUUGUUAAUGGACCUGGUUCACACCCCACCUCAGAGGUACACUGUGUCCUGAACAAAGGCACUGUUUUAUCCAACAAUGUCCUGGAUGCCGCGUGGCGAGCGGAGAAGGACACGAGCCCCGAGGUGUUGCCACCACCUAGUGAGCUUCAAUCAGACGCUUGGAAGAACACAGCGGCGCCCGCUGUAAAAACACCGGCCACACAGCCAGGUGUCAACGCGCCACUGUCUCACUUGGAGGGGAAUGAGUCUAAACUGGCCUGUUGCACACUGUCAGGUGACGGUGCGGAGCAAAUGCACAUUAGCAAAACUCUGCAAAAGCAGACAAUAGAAGCGGGAUCUCGCCACAGCGUUGAAUGGUCACAAGGCUCCUCUGAUGAUUAUGGUGAUGUCGAAGUAGUCAGGUGGGAUUCAACAAGCGAGAGCUUCUUGCACAGUGGCAGAAGGCAGGAGACCAGAGUGAUGCACCAAAGAGAAAGGCAGCACAAUACACAUGUAAGAAGCAUGUCAGGCUCUCAAGGAAAGGUCAACGACAGUUUAAAUCACACAUGCAGAUGUUACCGCGGUGGUAAUGAUGUUGAAAAUGUUGACAUUGCCAACAAAGACGAUGCUUUGGAUACACAAUCUGGUAUGAAAUAUUCUGUCCUGCCAUUCAAAGAUCUGCCAAGGAACAGAGCGUUAGACUCUGAGCAGCGUAUUUCUCAGGAAGGCAGUAAUGAGGAAAAUGACCCUGAAGAUGAAGACUGUUUUAGUCAAAAAGUAGAACAGUUGAAGGCAGAGCAACUCGAACAAGACCCAUCUUUCUUUUCACGCACAAUAUGCAAUGUUAAUUUGGAGGAAAAAAGACAUUUCCAUAGGCAUAUGAUGUAUCAUUUAGGUAGGCAUAAUCAGGUGAACAGUGAGAAUGUUUCACAGGCCUUUAUAUGCAGGGAGUGUGGGCGUUUGUUCUGUGAUAGGAAUUCCCUCAUGAGGCACAUCAUUAUUCACCAAGACAGGCUGGAAAAACUUAUGGAGGAAAUCAAAGGUCUCAAAAAUACCGAUUUCGAAGACAGGGGCACCGCCGUGCAGUGUCCUCGUUGUGUAUUUGGUUGUAAUUGCCCGAAGAUCUUCGUCCAGCGCGCCAAAACCGACGACAAUCUGAAGCACUACUACUUCUGUGAGGAGUGUAACUUCAUUACACUAACACAGCAGGCACUCGAACUGCAUUUACGCGUCGCACACCUUAACACACACCAGCCUCAGCAAGGGAAAAUGACUCGUACUAAUGAUGCAGAGGAAGCAGGCCAUGUUCACUUUCAGUGUAAAAUGGGUUUUUUCACCAGAAGUGACAAAUUAGUGUUGGAAAGACGUUCUGAGCUGGAGAAUCAGCGAUCACACUGUACAUUUUUUGCUGACCAGCCUAAAAUUGCUGGGUGUAAACCAAGUCUGUAUAAAUCUGCUUUUGGAGAAAAGGCCCGUUUCACCCACCAUCCUUUUGGAAAAGAAGUCAUUCAGAAGUCUAUUGACAAAACCUUAAAUCCCCCUCAGUUCAAGCGCCACGUUGGCCACACCAAAAACACACUGUCACCGUCUUUGUGGAGGAUCAGCAAGCGGGGAAAAUUACUCCUGCAGCCAGGAGGAAGAUUAGACGUGGCAACUGAUCUCACCUGUGUGGAAGAAGACGCUGAGAAACAUGACCACAAGGCAUUUGGCAGCUCAAAGCAGGCAAACUGUCCUGCAACUGCUGAUUUUUUACUGUCAGCAAGAAAUCUUAAAUUAGACCAGAUGUUCUGCGAGGGUAGCGAGAACGACCCGGAAAGCAGGAGUUUACCAGGCAAGCAGGCAAACCAAAAUUCUCCAUCAAUGAGAAACAUGUCAACACCCCUGCGUUGCACUAUUGACAAAAUGAAUGGUACUAUAUUGCCAAGGCUUAGCCAGAGGCAUACGAAACAUUCUGCAGUUAGGGAGUUGGAGAGAGGCUGUGAGGGCGGCCAUAACUUCAGUGAUGACAGCAGGAAAGCUACAGGCAGCUUCUUGGAAAGCAGUGAGAAUGAAAGGAACCCGUAUGCUCGGAAGUAUUUCAAAAAGAGACAGAGGUUUUCAGCCAAAGACCAAAGCCCCCAUAUACCCAAGGAUGAAGGUGACGGAGAUGAAGACUGCAGUGAUGUCGAGCAACUCAUAAUCAAGGAGGAGUAUAUCGAAACUACAGUGUGCGAUGAUUCCCCAGCGUCGCCUUGUGUGGUUAAAAGUGACAGCUUUGAUGUUUUCCCAUCACAAGUGGUGGAACACAAGCCCUGUCCUUACUGCCCUGCUGUGUUUGAGUCUGGUGUGGGUCUGUCCAAUCACGUGCGAGGGCACCUUCAUCGAGUCGGCCUGAGCUAUAACGCUCGGCACAUGGUUCCGCCAGAGCAAGUGGCGCUGCGGGACCAGCCGCCGCGAACACGCAGAAGGAUAUCGACGGGCGCAAGGAAAAUAAGGAGAGCUGUUAAGGCAGAAACCCAAGGAGAGCACAAAUGCCCCCUGUGCUGCAGUUGGUUUGAUAGCAAGACUGGCCUCUCCAACCAUGUGCGGGGACACCUGAAACGAAUAGGCCGAAGUAUUAGCAGCACCAGUAAGUCCCCGCUGGGGGUUCUGAACGAACUGCUACGGGACACAAAGCAACACGAGAACAUUCUCCGGGUCGUCAACAAGGGCCAGGUUCCACAACGACCCUCUGUCUCUCCGAAGUUCAUCGACAGCGGUGGCCUGGUCUUGAUGCACCCUGCAGUACCAGUGAAGAUCCAGUAUGAGGUGAAGAGUCCACAUGCCAUAGGGGAUAGAUUUGUACCAAAAGAAGAAGCACAGGCCUUCUCGGAGAGGAUUAGGCCACACGCAGAAGCACAAAGAGGCAUGAAAGCCUCAAGCACUUUAGUUGAACUACUCAAGAAAAGACAGGAGAGUAUGGAGCUUACAGAGAGGAACCAUGAUGUCUGUACUGCCAGGACCAAAGAUUACAAGGAGGAGACAGAGAUGACGGGGUUGGAACCAAGCUGGAAUCACGGGAAAUGUGAUUCAAAUAAGAUUCGUAUUCAGUGUAACAGCAACUUCCCCACCUCUGUCAGUCUGUCCGAUCAUCUUCAAGCCUAUGCAUGCAGGAAGAGGAUUGCUGUUUUUGAAGAACCAGGCUGUGAUUAUAAACAGAAGAAGCCGAGACCAAGGCCUGGACUAAAAAAGAAGAUUUUACCCUCCUUGAAUGCUCAGAUAUACACACUCACCUGCAGGUACAUCGAGUGGAGUUUUACAUGUUCUGUGACCUGGUCUUCCAAGGUCCCCUGUCUAUCCAGGAGGACUGGAUCAAGCAUUUACAGAGGCACCUUGUGCACACCAGUGUGCCCUGCUCAGGGAUGGGGAUGGUGGAGGUCUUGGGGUCUUGGUAACAAAAGAUUUAAUAAGCACGUCUUAUGAGCAUCCAGACAUUGUUAAAAAGAUUGACUGGAACGUCAUAUUGUCUCUUGAUUUUGCACAGUAUUUAUACAACUCACUAUUUUACAUUAACCUGCAACUGUUUAUUUAAAGUAUAUGAUAGUUAAUCCAGACUACCUAAUAAAGGGUUAUAUUAAUAAUACCGUACGUAUUUGCAAAAACUUUAUAAUAGGAUAUUUUAAUGCAGUAUUUUUGCCUUAUCCACUUAGCUUAUACAAUUUAUAGGAUUUAUCUUUGCUGAGUGCUGCUUAAGUCGGACACAACAGUGGCACAAACCACAGAGGCAAUAUGAGAAGAAAACUCAAACAUCUUUCUUCAACAUUAGCUGGUCUGCCAGUGCCCAUUGUUAAAAAAAACAUUGUAUUUGUCAUGAUAAAAAAGUGCCUUGUUAUUAUGACAAACCAUUUCGUUAAAAUGGGAAGAUAUAAUCGUUAUAAAAUGAUAAAAUGAAUACCUUUUCUUGUAACUUUUUAGGCCAGAUAAAAAAGUAUUUUUCAGCCUAAAUAUCUUAGUUGUUAUAGUAAACUUUUAUGACAUAAGGUCAAAAAAUUAACAGGAGCAUCACCACUGCUAUAUUGACAAAAUCCAUAAACUGAGCAUUUGAAUGAAGUCCAUGUCUCGCUGUUUUUUAGGCCAAACAUAAAAUGAACAAUGAGCCGUCAUUAGUGCACCGACGCUCUGCAGGAUUUCACCUCUCCGAGCCCAUAUCCGAAAGAAUCUCUCUUAAUCAAUGUGACAUUCAAGUGGCUGCAUUUUGUCGGGACAGUUUAUCCUGUCAAUGUUUGUUCUACUGCUUAACCUUCAACCAUUGGUGUAAUAUCUGAAAUCUGGGCUCACCAUCAUAGCUACUUUUAUUCCAGUCUAGUACAACGUAUGUGCGGGUUAUUAUGUUACGUUUUUAUCUCAGAGAUGUACUCUCAGAAAAAAAGCUGCUGUUGAACUGCACGUUGACAGGUUCUCCUGUUAUUUACGUCCACCACAUUAAAAUCGUUGGGACACACCUCACAUAAGUAUUAUGCAAUACAGUUCAGCAGAACCUCAGACUACUGUUCAUCCUGCAAAAUGAACAUACUGUUCACUUGGAUCAACACCAACACAAACUGAACAUUACAACAUUCAUGGAGGAUGAUUUAUUUCAGGACUGUUCAUUAGAGUUAAUAGUGUAGCACCGUUAAAAAAAUACUAUAUAUAUAUAUAUAUAUAUAUAUAUAUAUAUAUAUAUAUGCGCUGCUUUCAGUAAUGCCUGUCCUAUAAUAUUUUUGCACACUGCAAAAGCCGAUAUAAUGUAAGAAAAAUAGUCGAACUGCAACAAAAUUUAAUUUAAUUUAAAGAAAUAUUUCUUAGUUAUCAAAAGUUUGGAAUUUAACUAUCUAACUGUUGUUUCUUGAAAAUGUCCAGCUUGUUACACUUGAGUUUUGAAAGCUGUAGAUAUUUAGCACUCCCUUAUAUACACUACUGUUCACAUUCUUCUUAUUAUUUUUAAUAUUAAACGUUGUUAAAUUAUAUAUAUAAUAAACAGUUAAUCUUACCUCUCUACUCAGUUUUGAUCAUGUUUUAGUACUGACCAGAUAAAUUCAUUUUUGUAAGGUAAAUAUAAAUGGUAAAUGUUUUUUUUCUUCAGAAAUCAGUGACUGUUGUUAAUAAACAACUUGCAUGAAACAAAAGUGUUACUACUAUGUAUUUUGAGGGAAUUAUACUAAUACCACAGUCAGAUAUGUUUAAAUGAAGAAACAUUUGGGGGUGGAUAUUUGUGGUUGCUCCUGACCAUGUAGAGAAAAUGGACAGUGGUCACGUCCGUCUAGUUGGUCAUUGUGCUGAGAAGUGGACAAACGGUUUGACAAGUGUGUGGACGGUUGGGCGAGCCGUCUGAGAUUGAACAGAAGACAUUGUUUGUAAAAGAAAGUUUGUUGAUCACAUGAGGGUGCUGUCACCAUAGGAGACAAAUUGCUUUAUUGUUCAGACGAGAGUCUGAUAGACAAACAAGACACAUCUCUGGGAAGAAGAGCAAAAACAUGGGGAGGGACAAAACUUUGAAGGCGUUUGUCCAAACCUUUAAAGGAAACAAAAACAAAAGAUUGGAAUAAAUGAAUGAAUAAAUAAAGUGUCUUAUGUCUGCAAUUAUUCCAUUGUAUUGCCAGGGUUUAUCCAUGCUUUUGCUGUAUCUGUAGCCAGGGGUGUAGCACCAAAUUAGGGGGCCCUAUACAUAAGCAGUCUCUGUCAGCCCCCCUCUUUUGAAAGAAAUUAAUAAAUCUAUUUUUAUCUUUUUUCUCUUCUGGGACGUAGACUUUACUUUCUCGAGGGAAGACAUUACAAUGUCACCGGUCAGUAGAUUGGCUGACAGAUGGGUCAGGUGGUGAUCGUAAGGGGUGAGAUCCUCCACAAUUUUUUGAAAUACAUAGGUCAGUCUCUCAACCUGUGUAUUCAUCCAAUUUUUUAUUCGUGUUAUGCCACUAAUUACUUACAAAACACUAAUUACAAACCCCAAAAACUUAUCCAGGCUUUCCAGGACCCCCCGACCCCGGGGUAGUGUGUCCCCUUUGUCCCACCAGUGCUUCACCUGUGUCUGUAAAGCACUAUAGUAUCAAACAGAGAAAAUGUGAACGCUGGUUUGAGCAUUUAUGUAACAAAGUAAAGUGGGAUGUACACUUAAAUAAUAAAAAAUAUUUUCUGCCAAACUUUAGGGAAGACAAUUGAAUGCUGCCGAAUGUUCAUCGUGCAAUCUGUGCUCGCUGUACUUGACUGACGGUGGCCGUGUUAGCCGUGGCAUGAGCAACACUCACAGGGCACAGUGUAAUAUUUCAUGUUUAUCAGAGAGUAUCUGAUAAAGUCUUAAUUGCAGAGCAGACACGUGUUUCCUGCAGCUGCUGAACUUGUAGUAGUGUGAUAACGAACAAUUCCCUCUGCCCCCGGCGCACAAUCGAGUUGUAUUUGUUAUGUUUCUGAAAAAUUUUGUUGCAAACCUUUUGGGUAAGAGACAGUAUUAAUGUGCUACUUUUGCACCAUUUGUUCCAAUCUGACUGUCCUGUCGGGGCUUUGUGCUAUUUCUAAACAUCAGUUUGCAGCGGGUGAGGGCUGCGUGUCUGGCGUGUCUCCCCCCCGUGCUUGAUAGCCAUUUCUGGGUUUCCUACUUACCAGUGGCAAAGGGGUCUAACCCUGCAGUUUAUCCUGGGCAGUAUUUAAAGCAGCGAUCAAAGCUGUACAAACCAAUUGUCGUCAUGCGCCUCCGGAGGGAAUUCUGAAGUACAUUAAUGCUCCUUCUUUGGGAAAUAAUUGUGCCACUCUGUGACUUCAUUAGGUCUCCUGGCUGUUUCAAAAGAUGUUCUCUCUGGAGGUUGAAAGCCACAUCGCUGGCAGACAGCGUCCCAAGGGGCCGAAUGAAUAAAAAAAAAGAAAAGAAAAAGGGGAGAGAUUAUAAUGAGAUUGAGUUAGCCAUGACCAGGAUUGGGCUUUUCAUUAUUCCAUUGGCUGGAGAGGGAGAGAGAGAGAGAGGGAGAGACACAAGGCUGACAUAAAGAAAUGUGUUGUCGCAGGACCCACACUCGCCAUCUGCCACGGGGGUCCAAUGGUAGGCAGCCAAUGCAUGCUUAUCAUUGCCACGGGUAUCAAAGGGGGCCUCCUCUCUGGAGACCGCGCCAUUAAAACUGCAAACCCCCCUGCACGCUCCAAACAGAAAACCUGCGUCUAAUUCAGAAGUAACUCUUUUGAUUCCUAUUGAUUUUAGGAAAUUUAAAUUUGAGGGAAACACUAUUUAGUGUUUUUGGUUCAUUAGCCUGUUUAAGUAUAUUAAGAACUUUGGGUUAUGCAAUGAAAGCAGAAACUGUUUGCUUUUAGACAGAUAGUGCAUUAACUAAUAGGACUUUUUUGUCAGUUUGUCUUGUC